UUCAAUCAAAUUAAAACUCCCUGCCCCAAGGUACGUAGUUAUAUUUCCCCUAGUUAGUUCAUAGAAAGUUUCAUUUUUUAAACCGCCUUGUAAUAAUUAUUUAUUAAAAUUAAUAUUUUGCCUGGAUAAAUGUUAUUACGUACUACGUAAUUAUUUUUGAAUUGCUUGAACGUGCAGCAGUUGUAGUUGAGUUUGGGCGUUGGGUUUUAAUCGUUUUGUAACAUAUAGAACAGGAGGAAUAUAAUAUAGAAUGGCUCGUACAAAGCAAACAGCCCGCAAGUCUACCGGCGGGAAAGCUCCGAGGAAGCAACUCAGUUUUGCUAGAAAGGCUGCCGUGAAACAAGCCCCGACCACCGGUGGGGUGAAGAAGCCGCACCGUUACCGCCCCGGAACUGUUGCUCUCCGGGAAAUACGAAAGUACCAAAAGAGUACAGAUUUGCUACUGAGGAAGCUGCCGUUCCAGAGGCUGGUGCGGGAAAUAGCGCAGGACUUUAAGACGGACCUGAGGUUCCAAAGCCACACGGUUCUGGCUCUCCAGGAGGCUGCCGAAUCCUACUUGGUCGGGUUAUUCGAAGACACCAAUCUCUGCGCCAUUCACGCCAAGCGCGUCACCAUCAUGCCCAAAGACGUCCAGCUUGCCCGCCGUAUCCGCGGCGAGCAGCCUCUUAAAUCUUAGUUGAUUUCCUUUUCUUUUUCAUUAAUCUUAAUACGAAGUAUUAGUUUAUAUAAGUAAGCUAGCCUCACCAGGCCGCCCCCACAUGUAUGUGACUUACAUUCGAAGUACUCGUACAAGUUUGUUUUCGAUUACUCAGUUAAUUACUAGACUACUAAUUACCUAGUUGAUGACAAGAAUUCAAGUUAUCUUAUUAAUGAUUGAUUGAUCCCUUUUUGUG